GUUCUUCGCGCAGCUGAAGCGCUGCUGCAUUCUGCGGGCGCGCAAGCUUCUCUUUUGAGGGCCAUGGAGGGCCAUGACAUCCAGGCUCUUGAGAAUGCGUUGAAGGAUGCAGAAGCAGCCGGUGUUGGGUCAAAUGUGCUUGUGAAAGCACGUGAUCGCCUUUGCAAGUUGAAGGAAGCAGAAGCCCGGGCAAAAGCAGCGGAGGAACUUCAGGCUGCCAUUGACAGCGGUGACCUCGCACUGUUGGAAGCUGCGCUUGCGAAAGCGCGGUCUCUGAAGGUCUCUGAGGACGCGUCCACCUCACAACCGAUGCUGACGCCUCUCGGGCCCUUCACAGUUCUUACCGCAGCUGAAGCACUGCUGCAUGCUGCGGGCGCACAAGCUUCUCUUUUCAGGGCCAUGGAGGGCCAUGACAUCCAGGUUCUCGAGAAGGCAUUGAAGGAUGCAGAAGCAGCUGGUGUUGGGACUGUGAUGGGCCGGGUAGGUGCGACAGCAGAAGACAAAAACGGCGCCUCCAAGAAGUGGCUGGAUUAUGUUUGGACUUUGCGAUGCCAUGAGGAAAGAGUUCUUCGCGCAGCUGAAGCGCUGCUGCAUGCUGCGAGCGUGCAAGCUUCUCUUUUGAGGGCCAUGGAGGGCCAGGACAUCCAGGCUCUGGAGAAUGCGUUGAAGGAUGCAGAAGCAGCCGGUGUUGGGUCAGAUAUGCUUGAGAAAGCACGUGAUCGGCUUUGCGAGUUGCAGGAAGCAGAAGCCCGGGCAAAAGAAGAGGAGGAGGAACUUCAGGCCAGGGAAGAGGCAGCGCGCAUCGCUCUGCUCGCCCUCAAUGAGUUGUUGGCUGCCAUGAAACUCUCCGACCUGGCAGCCUUGCAGAAAGCCUUGGCCGCGGCUAGGACGUGUGGUGUCAGUGAGGAGAUCUUGCAGCAAGGUGAGCAAAGGCUGGCAUGUCUGGUGGCGCAACAGGAAGCCGACGAGCAUCGGAAAGAGGUGGAGGCGGAGCUUUUGGCCGCCAUCACGGCCGACGCGGACACGCUCCUGGCCGUGCUGCUUAGGGCUGAAGCUGCCAAAGCCGACCCAGAGGUCUGCUCGCGGGCGCGUGAGGCGCUUUUGCGCAUGAGACGUUUUGAGGCGGAGCAAGCCACCGAGGUGCUGGUUGCAGCCAUGGCGGGUGCGGACGCAGAGGCUCUGGAGGCAGCCUUAAGCCGGGCCAGGGAGGCGGAGGUGGACAGCAACCUCCUCCAGGAUGCAGAAGCUGCUCUCCAGGAGCUGCGGGAACUAGCUCUGCAGGGGCCGCAGCGACGGGAGGCGGAGGCCGAAUUGCAGGCUGCCAUUGACAGCGGUGACCUCGCAAUGUUGGAAGCUGCGCUCGCGAAAGCGCGGUCUCUGAAGGUCUCUGAGGACGUUCUAGGCGCAGCUCAAGCGGUGCUGCAUGCUGCAGAAGCGCAAGCUUCUCUCUUCAGGGCCAUGGAGGGCCAUGACAUCCAGGCACUCAUGGCGGCCCUGCAGACCGCGUACGCUGCUGGCGUCGAUUCUGGCUACCU